CAACAAUUAUUUGCUUGCUACAUAGUAUUAGCAUAACUAUAAUCAAAUUAAUCAAGUUUAAGGUCACAGUCACAGUUACUAUACUUACCUAAUAGUUAAUACACAGUACACACGUCUCUAAUAUAAUGAAAGUAUGUGGAUUGAUACUCCUUUUUAGCUCUUUAGCGUUGACAAAGAAUGUACCCCCAGAAAUGGUAGAUAUUUGGAACUCCCUGGUAGACCCGUUUGUAGGGUCGUGCGCCAGUGAGUUUAAUAUUGACAAUGAAAUAGCAAGAAAUUUCUUCCGUCUUGGACAGCUGCCUAAUGACCGACCAUUCCAUUGCUUCUUGCGAUGCCUGUACGAAAAUCUACAUUUUCUAACACCCCAAGGAGAUUUUGAUUACGAUAUGGUCGUGACAAAGGCGCAUUAUAUGCCACCUCAUUUAGCUGAGAAGUGUAUUUCGGAGACGAAGGCAAUAAUGGACAUUUGCGGGAAGUCAUAUGUGGGCGCCAAGUGUGCAAUAGAUUCAUUGGUAUAACAGAUUGUACCGAAUUUGUACUUCCUAGUUUACCAAUCUAUUAUGUUGUAUGCAUACUCAGUUCAAUUAUCAAGCAUUACCUUUA